CAAUAAUCUUUGUUUUCUCGGAUGUGACAUGGGGGGUGUUUUUGUUGGGGAGCUAUUGCAAACCCUAAAACUGCCCACCUCUGACUCCUUUGCUCCUCUUUCCGUCACAUGAUCCUUGAUUUCAUUCAUCCUCCUGGGCUGACACUCCUUCUGAGCAAAACAUUUCUCAACAUGGGAGUAGGAUACAGAUCCCAGAGAGAAUCCUUGCCACAUCCUCACUAAUUCAUGUUGCCGUUUCAAUUUCCAGCUCAGGAACUGAUUGCGCUGGUCAGCUUGUAGUCGCCUAAAUACAAAUUUAAAGCUUCAAUAUUACAAAGCAGAGCAUUGACCGGAUGGGAUUUUCGGCUGUUUGCAGUGGGAUGAGCCUUGAAGUCAUCAUGUGUAUGCUGCUCUUUGCAGCCGCCUUCACAGUUUCUGAAGUUUUUGGCAGCAGCAAAGAGAGCAGUUCACACAUGUGGACCCGGCAGAGGCUGCCAAGGCUGCUGGUUACACACAAAUCCAUUAUGAACGCAAGUUUGCUUAGUGGACAGAUGGAGGACAAAGUCAAAUCAACAGCCAACACGCUCUGUGGAACCGAGUGUCAGAGCAGUCCACCAUCAUUCAGGCAAACUAAGCAGGAAAGGAUUCUGGGAUACCAGACCCUGUAUGAAAAUGGCACGCAAACACAUACAGAUGUGGGCCUGGAGUGGAUGAACAAGACUCUGGGAGGAGACAGUGUAAAGCAGGUUCAUAUCCGCAGGAAACGGCAAGUUUUUGGAGCAGAUGGACGCUUUGUCAUCUCAGAUUCAAGCUUUAUCACUAACUACCCAUUCUCCACAGCGGUCCGCCUUUCCACUGGCUGUUCUGGAGUCCUCGUGUCUCCAAAACAUGUGUUAACAGCAGCUCAUUGUAUCCAUAAUGGCAGAGACUACCUGGAGAACGCUGGGAGCCUUAAAGUUGGGCUGUUACAGCUCAAGCAUGAUGGAAGUCUGAGAAGAAAGAGGGGAAGGAGACGAAGGGGUGGUAGGAUACAAGAUAAGGUAGACUUGAGGAGAGGAGAGGCAGAGAGUGAAAAUAAAAACAGUGCUAGAGGAUUGAGAAAGAGAAGGGGAGGUGAAAGGAGAAGUCGAAGGUUAAGGAAAAGAGGCGGUGAGGGAAAAGCUACUGCUGGGGAAAAGGAAUUUGAGAGAAAAGGUAGAAAGGGUCAGCGUUUCAGUCGCAACCGGCGUCAAGUAGCACCAGGAAAGCAAGCUGUGUUUCGCUGGACUCAAGUUAAACAAACCCAAAUCCCUCAAGGAUGGAUCCACACCAAUGCCUCCGCCAACUCUGAGUCUCUUGACUAUGAUUACGCCCUCUUGGAGCUGAAGCGGCCUGUCAAGCAAAAGCACAUGGAGCUUGGGGUGGCGCCACCUUUACUACCUCUGGCACGAAUCCACUUCUCAGGGUACGAUGCCGACAAAAGCCUGCUGGAGGGAAGUGGAGAAGAGAAGGUCGUUUAUCGCUUCUGCUCAGUGAUAAAAGAGUCAGAUGAUUUGAUGUAUCAGCACUGCGAUGCUCAACAAGGCGCAGCUGGCGCAGGUGUUUACAUCCGUUUGAGGAAGAAACCCAGACGUAAAGGCGGGAGAUGGAUCUGGCAGAGGAGGGUGAUCGGAGUGUUUUCAGGCCAUCAGUGGGUGGAAGAGGAUCAGGACGGGCCGGGGGAGUUCAAUGUUGCAGUAAGGAUCACGCCUCACAAAUAUGCUCAGAUAUGCCACUGGAUUUAUGGAGAUUCAGGUUUCUGUAAUGAGGUUUGAGCUCAGAGAUCGACAUGAGAUAAAGAUGCUUUCACUGUUUGAGGAAAGCAAAGGUCAGGGAUAACGUAUCAACAAAGUAUAGAGCAAUUGAAAAAUUUGUGCAGUGUUAAACAGAGAAUAACUGUGAUCUUGUGUAUCAAAGGACAACAAUGACCAUCCUCCUAUCAGUCGUUGACACAGUAUUUUUUUAAAGUGCACUGUUUACUCAUUGUAUUUUCAGAUUUUUUGCUGCAGUUGCUACACUUGUGUUUCUUCAGUCUCAAUGCCAGAAGGAAGCAAUAUGAAUUUUUAUACAUUUAGCCUUACAAAGCAUGUCUAUGUCUUCAAAAUGUUUGUAUUCAAUAACAGACAUUAAAAUAGUUUUCUUCUAGUGUUGUAUAUAUUUUCAAUAAAGGGACCCCCGCCUAUUUGCAGUUCAGUAUUUAUUGAUUUACCUAUUCGUAUCAUUUUCUAUUCACCGAAAAUGUAAACUAUUCACAAAUUUUAUAUCUAAAAUGUUUUUUCAAUCUCAAGCAGAAAGAUGAAGAAGAUUGUGGAUGUUACCUUGUGUUGUGAUACCACUUUGCAUAUUCAUGCAUUUUAAGGUCUAUUUAGUAUUUGAACUAUUAAAAUAGGGAAUUAUAAGCGUUUUUAGGGGGGUCUCAAAUAUUCCUAGAUUUCUGGUAUUUGUGGGUGGUUGUUCCUAUAAACCUUCAAAUACCGGCGAUCCACUGUAGUUUAGUUCUGGAUUACUUGCAGGUGUGAAUCUCUGGGGAAUCUCUCACAUUUCACAUCUGUUCAAACUCAGCGAAUCUGUUCUCAUUUUCACAUUAUGAUUGCAUUGUCCUUUGGUCUUUGAAAAAGGACUCUCCUGUUCUUUCUCCUGUCCAUCUCGAAUAAUUUUCACAUGUAAAAUUGUUGUUGAUGUUAUUGAACUCUGAAUUAAAGCAAAUAU